GGAAGGACGUGUGGAACGCUGCUUGAGUGGAACGUUGUUGAGUGUUCAGUGUUCAGUGUUCUCUGUUGUCACCGUGGUCGUUGUACGCUCUGUUUUUUUGCGUCUGUUCAUAACAAUUGUGUUUGCCACCCCGUGGCAAGUAGCGAGUAGCACCCCGUGACGUCAGCGCGUCUCAAAGUGCAAAACACUGCGUGUGCAGAAUUCGAAUUAUUAUUCAAAUACGUAAUUCAUUAUCAUCGUAAUGUCGGCGGAUAACCAAGUGGAGCCAGCGGCGGCAAUGGCUGCGUCCGCCUCCGCGUCGGCUGCAUCGGGAGGCGCCUCGGAUUACCUCAAGCGCACCUGCCUCAUCUGCGGCUGCCAGACGAACCAGACCAUCAACAUCUACGAGCCGCGCUCUGGGCCAAAUAUCGUGCAAUUAAUUCAGGCGAAAUUCAAGUUCCAGCCUUUAAACGAGGACAAAUUCUUGUGCUUCAGCUGCAACAAUUGGCUGAUCAACUGGCACUCGCUGCAGGCGCUCAACAGCAACGAUGCAGACAGUCAGAGCCGCAGUCAGAGUCCCUCGCACAUGGGCAACAAUUGCAGCCUCCAGCAACAACAGCAACAGAAGGCGCCAUCCAUGGAGCGACCCAGGUUGCGACCGGUGGCUCAGGUGCGUCCUCAACCACAGUCGCAACCCCAGCCACAGCCUCAGUCUCAACCUCAUACUCAGCUUCAACCACAAGCACAGGCAGACAGACAGCCCACCACAGUCAUCAGCUACAAUAAGAGACGCUUUGGCGGACGCAGUGCAGCAAGCACUCGGAGCAUGCGUAAGAUGCUGCGCUACUGCUGUGUUUGUGGUGGUGCGAUAGUCUUGCGCCUGCUGAGCACAAAACCCACUCAAACGCUGGCCAAGCUGGCGCGUCGCAGUGGUCGGAGUCAGUGCCGCAAAUGUCGGGAGAUGCACAAGCACAGCGUGCUCAAGGUGCGGCACCACGAGCUGAAGAAGCAACAGGAUCAAACUCUAGUCAAAGCGCCCUUAGCAAUGCCUCAGUACCAAAGAUUUCCAGCGCCGCGUGUGGAUGGCAAAGUGGUGGCCAUGUUCCGCAGGCUGGGCACAACUCUCAGUGUGGAGCAAGAGGAUGAGGUGGAGCCUAUGCCUAGCAAGCGACCACUGCGAAUUAUGAGUCCCGCCAAGCAGCGUCCUCGCUGGACGCGCACACUGGACGACGAUGAGAUACUCCUGGAAUUCGAUAGCGCCAUAUCAGAGGUGCUGCCGGGAACGACGGCGCCUCGGGUAACCAGCUCAGCGCGACGAAGCUUGGGCUAUCAGUUUACCAAAGCGAUGCAAGCGGAAGCGGAAAUGGAAGCGGAAGUAGCUGAGGAUGUGGUAAAGGAUAACCGCAAGAGCGUUGACAAAGUAACCCACCAAACGCAUGCUAGGCUGGCUGGACUGCAACUGCCUCGGGGAUUAAGCAUCACAUUGGUUUAAGCGCAUCCCAAAAAGUUAAUUAGUCAGUCCCAAGAACAAAAACAACAAAAUUAAUAGUCAAAUUGAUUGCGAUCAUUAAAUAGUUUUAGCAUAAUCUUUAAAUAAUAUUGUACCUCGAGCAAACCUGUAAUUUGUAGUCAAAAUACUAGCAAAAGAAAUGACCUAAGAAUGUUAAGUUAAUCUAUUCAACACUAUAUUUAAAGUACACAUAUAAUAUGUUAGUCAUAAUUGGAUUCCCCCUGCCACAUCCCUUACUUUCCAAAAUAAAAUGGAACAAUAUGUUUGUAACCGUUAAUCCAGUAGUUAAAUUUUGUUUACGUUCGCCAUGUUGUUGCUCCAAAAUGGAAAGUAUUUAAAAAUAUUAAUAAAUUAUUAGCACAACUUAGCAUUAAAAUACCCUCAAAACAUUGGCUUUGAUUUUCAUUU